UCCCCCGGUGAGCUCGGUGUGCUGAGUAAUCGGAUGUCUUUCUAGCUUACCUGUGUGAUCGCACCGUGGGUGCGGACUUCGACGAUAACGAGGCAUGGCUGACAACUCGCAGACAAGCCGAAAACUGCACCGCGGCGUCUCCACCAAAUCGGAAACCGAAGUGGUGGAGUUAGAGCGGCUCUGGCGAUCAGUCUUCGAAAAGUACGACCACGACGACGAUGGGCAAAUACCGCUCGACGAGAUCCUCCAGCUGCUGCACGAGCACAACCAGGAGCUGGAGCACGACAUGCCACCGAGCGUCCUCCAGGAAAUCGUUGAGCGAGCAGACUGGGACUCUAACCGGAUGCUCUCCUUCGAAGAGUUCACCAGGAUGGUCCAUGCGCACGAACUUGGGGAGCACCGUCCAAGGUUCCAGCGCCUGGUCCACUACGCCGCCAUGGCCGUCGUUCCAAGCCGUCAGCGGGCAACGGUGGUUCGCAAGUACCUGGACGAGUACAGCUGCAAGCCCCCGCCAAUGUUCAUCCUGCUGAUCAGCCUCCUGGAGGUGGCUACUUUCAUCUACUACUGUGUGGUGCUCCACGAGUUCUCGGCCACGGGUCCCGUCCCAAUGGACAGCGUCUUUAUCUACAACCCCAAGAGGAGGAAAGAGGCGUGGCGCUACCUCACCUACAUGCUCACCCACGCCGGGGCCUACCACAUCUUCUUCAACCUGUUGAUUCAGCUACUGCUGGGAGUUCCACUUGAAAUGGUGCACAAGUGGUGGCGAGUGUUGCUGGUCUACAUUGCCGGGGUGGUGGCUGGCUCCCUGGGGUCAUCGGUGUCAGAUCCUAAAGUCUUUCUGGCUGGUGCAUCCGGUGGGGUCUACGCUCUCAUCGCAGCCCACCUGGCCACUGUCAUCUUGAAUUUCAAAGAGAUGGACAUGGCCUGGAUCCGCCUCUUUUGCCUGGUGGCGUUUGCGGGCACGGACGUCGGGGUGGCUGUGUACACCCGCUACACGGAGGGUGACGAGGGCCACAAAGUGAGCUACGCCGCCCACAUUGCGGGUGCCCUGGCAGGCCUCCUGGUGGGGGUCACCUUCCUGCGCAACCUGGUGGUGCACCGUUGGGAGGUGGCACUGGGACGCGCUUUCCUCGCCCUCUUCCUCCUCCUCGUCCUGGCAGCCGUCCUGUUCAACGCGCUCUACGGGGAGUACUUCCCGCCAUCGGUGAUCUAGGCCCGUUGCUUUGAAGGCUGCUUCGGGGGCCGCGACGGCGCAGAGUUUGCCUUGGGAAGUGGGCCGCACUGGAAAUGGAUCGGCAGCUAGACACAGAGAUGGGUGUUUCUUUGGCGCGAUACUUUAGUCGGGGAUAGGCUAAGAAUUAAGUGGAAGCUCCGCCUCCAACAGUUUUAAAGUCUUUGCCUUUCUCCGGGCUUUUGUUGCAUCUGUGACGAAGGGUUUUUAAAGGCAGAAAGCUAAAGCCCGUGCUGCCUUAGAUGUGGGGCAUCUACCGAAUUCUUUCCCGUCACCGGCUAGUUUCUUCAAACGAGAAGUAUGUUGCACUCGUUGUUGCAGGGAAGUUUGAAACAAAAUAUGCAUAGCAGCUACGGAGCAGAAAAAGCAAGACGUCUACUGGGAGUCUGAAAAGUGCAUUACGUCUUGUGUAAGUGUGCUUAGGUAGCUAGUUUGUCUUAUUAUUAAAACCCAGGAGCUUAUUUUGUUCUUUUUUACUUGAACUUUUGAAAUGAACAUUUUUUUCAUCAUCAUAGUUUAGAGAUCGAAGCUGAUUUUUUGUUCUAAACUUUUUAUUCAUUUUUUAUUAGCUAUAUUUUGGCUGCAAUUGUUGUGAUAUUACAAAUUGUUUUCUAAAGUACACAUGUAUCUUUGUUUCAAGUUGUGCCUUUCUCAACGCCUAGCCGCCGAAUUGUGAAAUCUCUUUUUUGUGUGUCACUUCGUGCAACAUGCUGUAGAAGGUGCCGCCUUCUCUCAAUCAAUUUGCAAGGUAGGCUUAUGUUGAGAUGGCCUGCAAUUAUGCUACCCUGCAUUGGUGAAGGGCAUUGCGCCAGUGUGGAGUAGCGUAACCAAUAUUUUUAGAGCCUUUUGAGCUUUGUGAUUGUAUUGUAUCAUUUUAUAGUUAUUCAGCGUGGAAAGUUAGCAAGGUGUUACGAUUGUCUGAGCAGGAAGCUAUUGCAGACCAAAAAAUGCCAAACAAUCAUUGAGUAAAACUUACAGUUAGAGGAACACAAAAUUAGUAUUUCUGCAAAGAUAGAGAUAGUUUUGAUACUUAAUGUUUGUAUGCCAACUGGUUGUAUCUCUACAAGCUUUUUAUAGGCUUCUUGCCAUGUGUUUUGUUGGCAUAGAUUUGCUGUGGUUGUAUUGUUGACAGUUUUGAUGCUAAUGUGCUCGCUUUAUGGCUCCUGUCUGUUAAUGCUGGUUAGAAUCAAAUUUUUGUCAUUUUAUUGGGAGACAAGUUAUGAUAAUCUGUUAAUAUUUACUGUGGAGGUUACAAACAGUGUACCAUUCAAUUCAGACCACUAUUUACAGAUUCGUAGUCAUAAUAUUUUGAGUCCACUGUACUGCAUUGUCAUUUUUUAUGCCUUUACUUUGCAUUAUAUUUGCAUGCUGUCAAAUAGAAUCAAAUACAAUUUUGAGCAGCCUUAGAAAACAACAAUCAGAUCAAGUUUUCAGAAGUUAUAGAAGAUAAAAUUCUAAGCAUUAACAAUUUUGCAAGGUCCCACCUCAAGUGUUUAUCUGUUAGUAUGCUAGAAGGCCAGGCUUAACAUGUGAACCACGACAGGCACGGAAUUUCUUUCGCCUCAUAGGUAAUAAUUGUCAUGUGAACAGCUUUUCAAUAUUUAGAAAAGAUUCCCAAGAGAGGACCAGUCUUCAUGAUAUUCAUACAUUUGGCAGUGUUAUAAGAGAGUUGAUUUGCUACUUGUCAGGGCUCUGUAAUUUGGUAUAGGCAUCUUAGAAUGCAUGUGAGGAGUUUUCCUCUGUAUAUAUGUCACUCUGUCUGUCAUAUUUUGGACACUUGAACAUUCAUUCAGUUUUUCAUGAUAAACAUCCUUUUUAUUUGCUUAACUCCUGACGAAAAAAAAAAAAAAGAAGUAUA